GAUCGAUAUCGCGACACAACGAUUAUACGCGUAACCUGUUCAACGACGUCGAAGUCGACAAGAAAUAUUGCGAACAAGAAAAUCCAGUCCUGAAUUUGUCCUUCCAGGUAUCUAGAGGUCUAAGAAUGACACGUACUUAGUUCCAACCAUGAGUUCAAGAAAUUCCCUGAGGAGCAGAGAUGGUGGAAGGCCUUUCUCUGCAAACAGAACUCAGCUUCCCCCAAUCCAGACAGACAACAAACCUAAGUACCCUGAAAUAAAACAGAGGGGAUAUUAUUCUGAUGUGAUCAGCGGUGAUGGACCAAAAAGAGUUGGAAAUGUUCUUAGUGGGGCUCCGACUCAACAAGAUGUAUUGUGGAAUGUCGCCAAAGACGAGCACACACCGAAGGUCACAAACUUUACUGGACCUCAGGCACAAGAAGAGUUUGCAAAGGAGAUGGACAAACAAGUUUAUGGAGCAACGAGUGAGAUCCUGGCAAAAUCAGAUUUCCCAGAGAAGUCCUUCAAACCCAAAGUGCAGUUACCCUACUUCGUCCCGCCAGGCCGCUGUCCUCGAAAAAUAGAGAUUGAGAGACGAAAGCGGGACUACCAGAGCCAAGACCUGGAGCAGCUCUUGGAGCAAGUCGGAGCAGAGACCAGCCAGCUCAUGCCCAAACAGAUCCAGGGUAACCUGGCUGUGAAGCUCAAUGGAGCCGGGGGCUCUGAUCCGGCUCCCUUCCCACCCUUCCUGCCCAUAGAUAUCUUCACCGAUAUGGAGUUUGAGUGCAGAACUCCAGAGGAGUGGCUUCAGCUUGGACAGGACAAUGGCUGCAGGAAACCCAUACCAGGAAGAGCCCUUCUUCCUGCAUGGGACUCACCAGAGGAAUUGGACCCCAAAGAUCCCAGCAUUGAAUAUGAAUGGUUUGAUGUGGGUAUGCUGACCUAUGACCCAGAGACUCAGCUCUACCUAGUGCAGAAGACCGAUCUGAACGGUCGCAUCCUAGACAAAGACGGCAAUGUGGUGGUUGAUGGAGGCAACAAUGGCAAAGUCCUAUCUCCUGGUCAGUAUUGGGUCCCAAGAAUCCGCUUGAUGUUUGCUGCAGAGGACCCCACAAACUUUGCCAUGGCUGUAGGCAAAGCAUUUCAUCUCAGACAACAUACAGAAGCAUUGCUCAGGUAUAACCUCUAUGUUGACUUCAUGCCAAUGGAAGGUGUAGGUGAACUAGAUCCUGAGAGUCUAAGGCGUAUGGUGGAGUGGGCCACUGGUGCUCCUUCAUUAACAAAAGCAAAGAGUCUUGAUGACUAUGUGCACACCCUUGAGAAAGAGGUCAACAUUGAAUUCUGCAGAACAAUGAACAGAAUCACCUUUGACAGGAUUGUUGCCAAGAGUCCUGACACGUAUGCUUUCGUCACACUACCCGAACCUGUCAUUCCAGUCAUUCCAGAAACAGGUAUGUGCCCCAAUGUCCCAUCUUACCCAUUUGAUGAGCAGUACGACAACUUUGCUUUCAACUCUCUCCUCACCCGGGAGGAGGCAAUCUUUGCUGUCAACAAGGUGCGAGCAGAGUGCAACAAGGUGUCGGCCAUGUCCCUCUUUCACGUUCCCAUGACCAAGUACAUGAGAUUAGAGGAGUUUGAACAGACCCAGAGCCAGCAGAGUUCACAGGUCCAGUUAUUCUUGAAGGACACCUGGAUCACCACACUCCGUGCUGCUAUCAGGACCAGCCUACGUGAUGUAGGCAAGGGAUGGUUUAAUCUUCAUGAAUCUAACUGGGAGGUCUACCAACGAUCCAAACUCAAAAAGUUUAUGGAGAUGGUCAAAUUCUGCAUGCAGGAUUCUUUGAGGUAUCUGGUCCAAGAUUCCCUGGUGAAUUUUACCCAGAUGAUCAUAGAUUCAUCUUUCUCUGUCAUGGAGCUGCCCGAAGAGGAGAUGACCUGGGGUGAUGAUCUUAUCAAUAGUCCUUACAAGCCCAAGAGAAAUAGCUUGUUUCUUGUUGACCUGAUUCUUGACAAAGAAGGUAGUCAUUUCAGCACUAACCUGACCAACUUUGAGCCUUCUAUGGCCGGUCUGUUUGAUAAAGGCAUUGGAGCUACGCAAAAUGUCCCACAGCUUGAAAAGUAUGUCUUAGAGGACAUCUCCUGGGCAGACACUCCUCUUCUAGAGUCAGUGGGCGAACAUGAACCCAGGGUGGAGGAGCUGAGAGAUACCAUCCGCACUGCCAUUCGCAAGUCCCUCAUUCCCCUCAGGGCAUACGCCAGAGCGUAUGAACAGUUCCUAGAGAUCAACAACUUAGAACUCAGCGACUACAUGAAGGAGUAUGAUGCCACAGAGCAUACGGCAUCCGAGGUUAAGAAGGAGAUUGAGAUGCAUUUGGAUCGUAAGGAGUUCCUUGAGAACACCAUACCAUCUAACAUCAUGAUAGGACCAUUCUUCAUCAGUACAGAGAACGUCAGGCAGACACUCUCUAAGAAACGCAAGGCCAUGGCCAAUGCUCUACUGGAGCUCCUGGCAAAGAAGCUCCGCACCCAGGCUGAAGAUGCAUGUGAAGAGUUCAAGUACAUCUCAAGGAAGCUGUAUGAAAAGCAAAACUGUAUUGAGGACCUGGCUGAGCAGAAGGAAUGGAUGAAGACUAUCCCUGAUAAGCUCAAAGAACACCAAGAACUCAUUGACAAGGCCAUGACGGACUAUGAGCUCAUAGAAGAGUUCUACUACAGUCUCUCUACAGAUGACUUCAAUCUUAAAUGGAAUGCCAUUGGCUGGCCACACAAGAUUGCAGAGCAGAUGGAAAAUACCUAUGUACAGCUGGAUGAGGACCAAGAACGGUUCCAGAAGAUCCAAGUCACAGAUCAGAACACAUUCCAAGAUCGUCUUGAUGGUCUUCAGAUGGUAGUCGCUGGUUUUGCAGCCCAUACUGAUAACGGCAAGGCCCAUGAGGUAGCCAAUGAAGUCCGUAGGGUCAACAAACAACUCAAGGAAUGUCAACAACUAGCAUCAAUGUACAACAACAGAGAACGUCUCUUUGAGAUGCCUGUUACUAAUUAUGACAAGCUGAGCAGGCUUGUUAGAGACUUUGAACCGUUCAAGAACCUCUGGAUCACCUGUUCUGAUUGGCUCAAGUGGCAUGAGAGCUGGAUGACCGACCCACUAACCACCAUUGACUCUGAACAGUGUGAUAAGCAGGUCAACGACUCCUUCAUGACCAUCCACAAGUGUGUCAAGAUCUUCAAAGACAUUCCAGGUGUUCAGCUGGUAGCACAGAAGAUCAAGGGUUGGAUAGAGGACUUCAAGCCAUUCAUCCCCCUCAUCCAAGGUUUGAGGAACCCUGGUAUGAGGAGCCGUCAUUGGGACAUCCUCUCCAAGGAGCUUGGCUUUACCCUGGUCCCAAAGGCCACUCUCACCUUCAGCAAGUGCUUAGAGAUGAACCUUGAGGCUCAUAUCGAUAAGAUUGCCAAGGUUGCAGAGAUUGCUGGCAAAGAAUACUCCAUUGAACAGGCUCUUGAUAAGAUGGAAGGAGAAUGGAAGCCUGUUGUGUUUGAGAUCAUGCCAUACAAGGAAACAGGAACGUUCAUCAUGAAAGGAUCCGAUGAGUGCACUCAGCUGCUUGAUGAUCAUAUCGUCAUGACCCAGAGUAUGUCCUUCUCGCCGUUCAAGAAGCCCUUUGAAGAGAGGAUUAAUACUUGGGAAGGAAAACUCAGAAUGACGCAGGAUGUAUUGGAUGAAUGGCUUGUGUGUCAACGCUCAUGGCUUUACUUAGAACCCAUCUUCAGUUCUGAUGAUAUCAACAGACAGCUUCCGGUAGAAGGCAAGCGAUACCAGACCAUGGAUCGCAUGUGGAGACGGAUCAUGAAGAAUGCCAAAGAAAAUCCUCAGGUGAUUUCAUUGUGUCCUGAUGCCAGACUCCUUGACAACCUGAAGGAAUGCAACAAGCUCCUGGACCAGGUUCAAAAGGGUCUCAGUGAGUACCUGGAGACCAAAAGGGCCUCCUUCCCAAGGUUCUACUUCCUGUCCGAUGACGAGCUUCUUGAGAUCCUCUCCCAGACCAAAGAUCCCACUGCAGUACAACCCCAUCUCAGGAAAUGCUUUGAGAAUAUUGCAAGGCUGCGGUUUGAAGAUGAUCUUGAGAUCACCCAGAUGUUCUCCAGUGAUGGUGAGAUGGUGCCCUUCUCCCAGAGCCUUUAUCCGAAGGGUAAUGUUGAAGAUUGGCUUCUGGAGGUGGAGAGGGUCAUGAGAGAGAGUCUUCGGGAAAUCCUGGGGAAAUCCCUGGAGCAGUAUCCAAAGGAGGAGAGAACAAAGUGGGUGUUGAACUGGCCUGGUCAGGUGGUCAUUGCUGGCUGUCAGACAUUCUGGACAACCAUGGUAGAAGAAGCACUCGAGAACAAGGUCUUGCCUGACCUAUCAGAAAAACUCUACCAGCAGAUUGCUGACCUUGUUGCAUUGGUUCGAGGACCUCUUCAGAAGAUUCAGCGAGCAGUUCUCUCUGCUCUCAUUGUUAUCGAGGUUCAUGCCAGAGAUGUUGUCGCUAAGAUGGUGGAAGAGAAAGUCCAGAACAGCAAUGACUUUGAAUGGAUCAGUCAGCUCAGGUACUAUUGGGUUGAAAAUGGUCUGUUUGUCCGAGCUGUGAAUGCCGAGUUCACCUACGGGUACGAGUAUCUUGGUAACAGUGGACGUCUUGUGAUCACACCCCUGACUGAUCGAUGUUACCUGACCUUGACAGGAGCACUUCAUCUCAAGUUUGGUGGUGCCCCGGCCGGUCCGGCAGGUACGGGCAAGACUGAGACAACCAAGGAUCUUGGUAAAGCCCUGGCCAUCCAGACUGUAGUGUUCAACUGCUCUGAUCAGCUUGAUUUCAUGGCUAUGGGCAAGUUCCUCAAGGGUUUAGCCAGCUCUGGUGCCUGGGCCUGCUUUGAUGAAUUCAACAGGAUUGACAUUGAAGUGUUGUCUGUGGUCGCUCAACAGAUCACUACCAUCCAGAAAGCUCAGCAGCAGCGGGUUGAUCGGUUUGUAUUUGAGGGAGUUGAGAUUGCAUUGAAGGCAUCAUGUGCUGUGUUUAUCACCAUGAACCCUGGCUAUGCCGGUAGGACUGAACUACCAGAUAAUCUCAAGGCUUUGUUCCGUCCAGUGGCCAUGAUGGUUCCUGACUAUGCCAUGAUUGCUGAGAUCUCUCUCUAUUCCUUUGGUUUCAAUGAAGCCAAGGUCCUCUCCAAGAAGAUUACCAGUACCUUCAAGCUCUCUUCAGAACAACUCAGCUCACAGGAUCAUUAUGAUUUUGGUAUGCGUGCUGUGAAGACUGUGAUUUCAGCUGCUGGCAAUCUUAAGAGAGAGAACCCCAAAAUGGCAGAGGAUCUGAUUGUUCUGAGAGCCAUUCGAGAUGUAAAUGUUCCCAAGUUCCUUCAAGACGAUCUUAAACUCUUCAACGGUAUUGUGUCUGAUCUCUUCCCUAAAAUCAAGGAGGAGCCAAUAGACUAUGGUGAGCUAGAUGCAUCCAUUCGUAAGCAUUGCUCUAAACUCAGUCUCAAGGAUGUAGAUGGCUUCGUCACAAAGUGCAUUCAACUCUAUGAGACCACAGUGGUACGUCACGGUCUCAUGUUGGUUGGACCUGCUGGAUCAGGAAAAACUAUGUGCUAUGAGGUCUUGAAGCGAGCUCUGACAUUCCUGAGAGGGAAGGAAGCGGUAGGAGGAGGCAACUACGAGACUGUACACACCUACAUUGUCAACCCCAAGUCAAUCACUAUGGGUCAGCUGUAUGGAGAGUUUGAUCUGCUCACCCAUGAAUGGACGGAUGGUAUCCUUUCAUCCCUCAUCCGCUUUGGUUCCUCAUCAAUGGAUGAGGAUGCUCGGUGGUAUAUCUUUGAUGGUCCUGUAGAUGCUGUUUGGAUUGAGAACAUGAAUACUGUGUUAGAUGACAACAAGAAGCUCUGUCUCAGCAGUGGAGAAAUCAUCAAACUCACUGAGUUCCAGCGUAUGAUCUUUGAGGUAGCUGAUCUGGCCGUUGCUUCACCUGCUACUGUCAGUCGGUGUGGUAUGGUGUACCUAGAGCCUAGUAUCCUGGGUCUGAAGCCGUUCGUUGAAUGCUGGCUCAAGAAACUUCCCGAAGUCAUCUAUCCUCACAAAGACAAACUCCAAGCCCUAUUUGAUGCUUUCCUGGAGGAAUCCAUUGAAUUCAUGCGAGCCAACUGCAAGGAGAUAGUAUCCUCCAUUAAUAGUAACCUUACCCUCAAUCUACUCAAGCUUCUUGAUUGCUUCUUCACCCCUUUCGUUCCAAGAGAGGGGGAUGCACCAUUACCUCAGGAGAAGAUGGAUCGCAUCGUUGAGCUGAUAGAACCAUGGUUUAUCUUUUCUCUCAUCUGGACAGUGGGAGGAACAGUGGACAUGGAUGGAAGAACCAAAUUCGAUGGGUUCUUGAGGGAGAAGAUGAAGAAAGAAAAUGUCCAGUUACUAAUGCCAGAGGAAGGUUUGGUCUUCGACUACAAACUGGACGAUGGCGGGAUUAGCAAACGCCCUUCAAGGGAUGAUGAUGAAGACGAAGAAGGAGCUAACAAGCAGGCUGAGAAACAGGCUUCUGAACCACGAUUGGUCUUCACCGAGAUCUGUUGGAAGCAUUGGAUGAAUGGAAUUGCUGAGGUUCAGAUAUCUCCUGAGAUGCAGUACUCUGAUAUCAUUGUGCCUACUAGUGACAGUGUGAGAGGGGCUCAUCUUCUUGAUAUGCUGCUCACCAAUAGAAAACAGGUCAUCUGUGUAGGAGACACCGGUACAGGGAAGACCAUGACCAUCUCUGACAAGCUCCUCAAGUCUAUGCCUGCCAAGUACAUCAGUAACUUCAUCUCCUUCUCUGCUCGUACCAGUGCUAAUCAGACCCAGGAUCUCAUUGACAGCAAACUUGAUAAAAGGCGCAAAGGAGUGUUUGGUCCACCCCUCGGCAAGCAUUUCAUCCUAUUCAUUGAUGAUCUUAACAUGCCGGCCCUCGAGGUGUAUGGAGCUCAGCCUCCCAUUGAACUGGUCAGGCAGUGGAUGGACCACAAAGGAUGGUAUGACAGGAAACAGAUUGGUGCAUUCAGGGAGCUUGUUGAUAUUGGGUUCUGUUGCGCCAUGGGUCCACCCGGUGGAGGUCGUAACCCUGUGACAGCCCGUCUGAUGCGUCAUUUUAACUACGUCUCCUUCAUUGAGAUGCAGAGGAAGAGUAAGGUCCGUAUCUUCUCCACCAUCCUCAAUAGUUGGCUUGCAGGUAACACAGCCUUGAAAGAGUAUGCUGGUCAAGUAGUGAAUGCAUCUAUUGAUGUAUACGAGACCAUCAUCACUCAGCUUCUACCAACCCCUGCUAAGAGUCAUUAUACCUUCAAUUUAAGAGAUCUCUCCAAGGUCUUCCAAGGUAUUCUCAUGGCUGAUGCUUCCAAGAUGGAGGACGUGAGCCAUCUCCUGCGGCUGUGGCAUCACGAGAACUGCCGUGUCUUCCAGGACCGUCUGGUGAACAACCAGGACAGGGAUUGGUUUGCAGGGUAUCUUGAAGAAAAGAUCACCAAGGAUUUCAGCUGUAAGAUGGAGGAAGUCAACCCAAGGCAGCCCAUGCUCUAUGGAGACUUCAUGAUCGCCAACGUGGACAACAAGGUCUAUGCAGAGAUCACCGAUCAAGAAAAGAUGGUGAACGUUAUGGAGGAGUAUCUGGAGGAUUACAAUCAGGUCAAUACAGCAGUCAUGAGAUUGGUGUUGUUUGAGGAUGCCACUAAGCAUGUGUGUCGUAUAUCUCGUGUGAUCCGUCAACCUCUUGGCAACGCUCUCCUUCUAGGUGUAGGGGGUAGCGGAAGACAGAGUCUCACAAGACUUGCUGCUCAUAUGGCGGAGUAUGAUCUGUUCCAGAUUGAAUUGGCAAAGAACUAUGGUGUGAAUGAAUGGAGAGAAGAUCUCAAGACUAUCCUUCUCAAAGCUGGUCUUGAAAACAAAGCCAUUGUUUUCUUAUUCAGUGAUACUCAGAUCAAGAGUGAGUCUUUCCUGGAGGACAUCAACAAUAUCCUGAACUCUGGAGAUGUACCUAACCUGUAUGGUUUUGAUGAGUUGGAUUCUAUCUACAACGCCAUGAAACCCAUCGUACAGGAUUCGGGCAUGCAACCCACCAAGGCUAACCUGUUCUCGGCGUACACCAAGAGAGUCAAAUCCAACAUUCAUACUGUGCUGUGUAUGAGUCCUAUCGGUGAGGUCUUCCGUGCCCGUCUACGUCAGUUCCCGUCUCUGGUGAACUGUUGUACCAUUGAUUGGUUCAGUGAAUGGCCGGACGAAGCCCUGCUCUCUGUAGCCAGGAACUUCCUGAAUGACAUCCCAGAACUGGAGGAAGGACCAGAGAUCAUAGAUGGUCUGGUCAGGAUGUGUGUCGUAGUACAUCAGUCUGUCGCUACCAAGUCUAUUCAGUUCUUGGCUGAGCUCUCCCGUCAUAACUAUGUGACUCCCACCAGCUAUCUGGAGCUCCUAGGAAUCUAUGGCAAGCUACUGGGGCUAAAGAAGAAUGAGCUCAAGACUGCCAGGAACCGCACCAAAACCGGUUUGGAUAAGCUCUUGAGGACGGCUGAUGAUGUAGCAGCCAUGCAGGAGGAACUAGAAACCAUGCAACCUAUGUUAGAGGAAGCUUCCAAGGAAACCUUGGUUACCAUGGAGAAGAUUAAAGUGGAUACGGCUAAAGCCAAUGAGACAAUGGAGAUCGUCCAGAAGGAAGAACAGCAAGCCAUGGCUAAGGCUAAAGAAACCCAGGAGAUUGCUGCUGAUGCCCAAAGAGACUUGGACGAAGCUCUUCCAGCCCUUGAUGCUGCUCUGGCCUCACUUAAAUCACUCAACCGUAAUGAUGUUGUAGAGGUCCGUGCUCUGCAGCGUCCACCCCACGGUGUGCGUAUGGUGAUCGAUGCUGUGUGUAUCAUGAGAGGUGUCAAACCUAAGAAGGUUGCAGGAGAGAAACCAGGAACUAAGGUUGAUGAUUACUGGGAUGCUGGCAAAGGUCUCCUACAGGAUCCUGGCAAGUUCCUGGAGAGUCUCUUCGCGUAUGACAAGGACAACAUUCCAGACUCAGUCAUUACGAAGAUCCAACCAUUCAUUGACAAUGAAGAGUUCACCCCUGCAGCCAUUGCUAAGGUCUCCAAGGCUUGUACGUCCAUCUGCCAGUGGACCAGGGCUAUGCACAAGUACCACUUUGUGGCCAAGAACGUGGCACCAAAAAGGGAAAGCCUUCGGAUGGCCAGAGAGGAUCUUGAGAAGACCCAGCGUAUCCUGGAUGCAGCCAAGGCUAACUUGAGGGAGGUAGAGGAAGGUAUCGCUACCCUCAAGGCCAAGUAUGAGGACACUGUUGCCAAGAAAGAGGAGCUGGAGAAUAAGUGUGACCUUUGCAAGGCUAGGCUUGUCAGGGCAGACAAGCUUAUUGGCGGUCUAGCCGAUGAGAAGGGUCGAUGGCAAGAGUCCGUUGACCGCUUAGAGAAGGUCAUUAACCAGAUCUCCGGAGACGUGCUGAUAUCUGCCGGCUAUGUAGCAUACUUGGGACCAUUCACAGGUGAAUACCGAGCAUCCCUAUCAGAGGAGUGGCAGUCUAAGUUCGGUGAAUACCAUGUGCCUUGUACCACUGAUCCUGGUUUCAUCCAAGCCUUUGGUGACCCUGUCAAGAUCAGGACAUGGCAGAUCGCCGGUCUCCCCCGUGACAAUCUGUCCAUUGAGAAUGGUGUCAUCAUGCAGUUCUCCCGCAGAUGGCCUCUCUUCAUCGACCCCCAGGGACAAGCCAAUAAGUGGAUCAAAGCAAUGGAAAAAGACAAUGGUAUUGAUAUCAUCAAGCUGUCUGACCGUGACUUUCUUCGUAGUCUUGAGAAUGCUGUUCGUUUUGGCAAACCUUGUCUACUUGAGAAUGUUGCAGAGGAGUUGGACCCCGCCCUAGAACCCAUUCUCUUGAAACAGACCUUCAAGCAACAGGGUAGUACUGUCAUCAAGCUAGGAGAUGCUGUCAUCCCAUAUCAUGAAGACUUCAAGUUCUAUAUCACCACCAAGCUUCCUAACCCUCACUACACUCCUGAAGUCUCCACCAAGGUCACCUUGGUCAACUUUACACUCUCACCAAGUGGUCUUGAAGAUCAGCUGCUGGCCCGUGUAGUAGCCGAGGAGAGACCUGAUCUUGAAGAGGCCAAGAACCAGCUCAUCGUCAGUAACGCCAAGAUGAAGAGUGAACUGAAGGAGAUUGAAGAUAAGAUCCUUGAGAGGCUGAGUUCAUCUGAGGGUAACCCAGUAGAUGAUGUUGAUCUCAUUCAGGUCUUAGAGGCUUCCAAGGUCAAGGCUCAAGAGAUCAAGGCUAAAGUGAUUGUUGCUGAGCAGACUGAGCGAGAGAUUGACGAGACCCGUUCCCAGUACAUCCCUGUUGCUGUCAGAACUCAGCUUCUAUUCUUCUGUACUACCGAUCUAGCCAGUGUGGAUCCCAUGUACCAAUACUCUCUCGGCUGGUUCAUUGGCAUCUUCUUAGCAGGCAUCGCUAAUUCAGAGAGAGCAGACAAUCUGCCUCAGCGUAUUAUCAACAUCAAUGAGUACUUCACCUUCAGUCUGUAUUCUAAUGUGUGUCGUAGUUUGUUUGAGAAACACAAACUCAUGUUUGCAUUCCUGCUCUGUGUCAGGAUUCUACAGAAUGAGGGCAAGAUCAAUAUGGAUGAGUGGAGGUUCCUGUUAUCAGGUGGUCCAAUCAAAGAACAGCUUCCCAACCCUACGCCAGAUUGGCUAUCAGAGAGAGCUUGGAUGGAAAUUCUUUCACUUAGUGCUUUGGACAAGUUUUCAGAGUUUUCAAGAGACUUUGGAAAUCAUUCUGCAGCGUACAAAGCGAUCUUUGACAGCGCAGAACCUCACAGGGAACCGUUACCCGGAAAGUGGAACACAGACCUGGACGACUUCCAGAAGAUUCUGGUCCUGAAGUGUAUCAGAGCAGACCGUGUCACCAACGCUAUGCAGGACUAUGUCGCUACCAACCUUGGACAACGCUUCAUCGAGCCCCAGACUGCCGAUCUUGCCGUAGCAUACAAGGAAUCAUCUCCCACGACACCGUUGGUCUUUGUACUUUCCGUGGGAACUGACCCCGCUGCUGACCUCUACAAGUUUGCAGAGGAGAUGAGAUUCUCUAAGAAGCUGACCUCUAUCUCUCUAGGUCAAGGACAGGGACCCAGAGCCGAAGCGCUUGCUAGGAGUGCUAUGGAUCGUGGUAAAUGGGUGUUCUUCCAGAAUUGCCAUCUCUCACCAUCCUGGAUGCCUGCCCUUGAGAGACUUAUUGAAAACAUUGACCCUGACAAGGUCCAUCGUGACUUCCGUCUGUGGUUGACCAGUAUGCCGAGCCCCAAGUUCCCUGUAGCCAUCCUACAGAACAGUUCUAAGAUGACCAUUGAGCCUCCUAGAGGUCUUAAGGCUAACCUCCUACAGAGUUACACCAGUCUGAAUGAUGACUUCCUCAACUCAUGUAUUGGCAAGACACAUGAGUUCAAGAGUUUACUACUCUCCCUCUCCCUCUUCCAUGCCAUUGCCCUGGAGAGACGUAAGUUUGGCCCCCUUGGUUUCAACAUCCCCUAUGAGUUCACCACCGGUGAUUUGAGAAUCUGUAUCAGUCAGCUCAAGAUGUUCCUCAUGGAGUAUGAAGAUCAUGUCCCAUUCAAGGUACUGAAGUACACAGCUGGUCAUAUCAACUAUGGUGGUCGUGUGACUGAUGAUCGAGACAGACGUUGUAUCAUGAAUAUCUUAGCUGAUUACUACUGUGCUGAUGUCUUAGAGGAAGGCCAUAAGUACUCAGAAUCGGGCAUCUAUAAUCAGAUCCCAACAAACCAUGAUCACAAUGGAUACAUGUCCUACAUCCGUAGCCUGCCAAUCAACGAUACACCAGAGAUCUUCUCUCUCCAUGACAAUGCUAACAUCACGUUUGCUCAGAAUGAGACCUUUACUACGCUCAGUACCAUCAUGUUACUACAACCUAAGACUGCAUCAGGAGGAGGAAAGUCAAGAGAAGAGGUAAUUGAAGAGUCGGCCAAGAGUAUCCUUGCCAAGGUCCCUCAGCCUAUUGAUUCUGACAUGGUCUCCAAGAAACAUCCUGUCAUGUAUGAAGAAUCUAUGAAUACUGUACUCAUUCAAGAAGUUUUCAGGUACAAUCGAUUGCUGACUGCAAUCCACAGCACUUUGAAGGACCUCCUGAAAGCUCUGAAGGGUUUGGUUGUUCUCUCUUUAGAAUUGGAGACUAUGUCCAACAGUAUCUUCAACAACACUGUUCCAGAUCUGUGGGCUGGCAAGGCUUACCCAUCACUGAAACCACUCUCCUCCUGGGUGACUGACCUGGUGGAAAGGAUGAAGUUUGUUGAAUCCUGGAUCUAUAACGGCAUCCCAAGCGUCUUCUGGAUCUCUGGAUUCUUCUUCCCCCAAGCCUUCCUGACUGGAACCCUUCAGAACUACGCCCGUCGUGCUAUUAUCUCCAUCGAUACCAUUGGAUUUGACUUCCAGGUGAUGAAGGAACCCGCUGAGCAACUGACCAAGCGUCCCGAGACCGGCUGCUUCAUAAGAGGUUUGUACCUUGAGGGAGCACGCUGGAGUUAUGAUUCUCACCUCCUGGCUGAGUCACGCCCGAAGGAACUCUACACCGAUAUGCCUGUCAUGCAGCUCAUCCCGGCAGCAAAUCGCAAGGAACCUGAGACAGGGAUUUACGUCUGUCCCGUCUACAAGACUCUUACAAGAGCAGGAACCCUGUCAACCACCGGUCAUUCAACAAACUAUGUCAUAGCUGUGGAGGUACCUACAGUCAAGAAACAGAACCAUUGGAUUAAGAGGGGUGUGGCUUUAAUCUGUGCCUUGGAUUACUAAAGCCAAGGUGCCUACAGAUAAGAAACAGGGUCAGUGGAUCAAGAGGGGUGUUGCCUUAAUCCGUUCCUUGGAAUACUAAGCUAAGAAACAUACAGAAACGAAACAGAACUACUUAAUCAAGGGAUGUGGCCUUAAAAUAUGACUUGGAUUAUUAAGUUAAGAAACCCCCAGACUUGAAAAAAAAAAAACAUUGGAUCAUAUAGGGAGGGGGUGGCCUUAAUCUGUGCCUUGGAUUACAAAGCUCAGCACUGUUGAUAGACAAAAUUUCAAGUUCUGAGCCCUGUCUUUCAUUUGCAAUUCUAGCCAGUAUUAUUUCCCUUUUAAUCUGUCCAGUCCAUCCUAGAUGCAAAAAUGAGGAUUGUUGGAAAUUUAAUUGUGUAAGAUACUGAGUGGGAUUUCCGCUAAAGUUAUUGCACAUAAUUUGUUUAAUAUGCCUAAAUCACAAUCAUUUAACUAUUGUCAUUUCCAAAUUUACUGUAAAUGGAGUAUACAGUUUUGUUUGUUUCUUCCUUUUGGACUAUGAAUUAUCUGAGAUGCUUGAUUGUAAAUAUAAUUUAUUCGGAAAUGUAAAUAUAAGAAUUGAGACCCAUUCUUACCAUGGCAUAUAGCGUAUAUAUCACUUAAUCACCUUGAUGAAAACAUUGGAGUCAGUGCCAGCCACAGCCCACAGGGUACAACAUCGGUUGUAUUAAGUCGGCCGUGACUCCAUUCCAUUCUUUCUUAAUGAAAACCUUGGAUAUUGUAACCAAAGAGAAGAGAGGCCUUAUUGUGUGAGGCUAUAUUCUGGCAUUCAAAUUUUUUCAUAAAUUUUCACCCAUUCUGCAUAUUCAGUAGGCAUGGCAGUAUAUACAUGUAUAUCUACAUAUGGAAAUAUUCAGCUACACUUACCUGAUGAAAAUAGAGAUUGUUUUAUUUGCAAAAUUAUUUCUAGAGUAGGAAAAGGAUAUGCAGACUUUUUUCUCUCUUUAUACAAUUCAUAAAUGUAUGAAGAAUUGUCUCUUUAUCAAAAAGAAGAAUUAAUGAAUAUUGUACAAAUAAUGAAUGUUCAUGAGUGCAAUUGACAGAAUACUUCAUGAGGUGAAAGAUGAAAUGAUCCAUUCAACGAGGCGUAGCUGAGUUGGAUGGAUCAUUCAUUUCAUCUUUCACCAAAUGAAGUAUUCUGUUCAUUGCACAAAUGAAAAGACUUUCAUUAUUUUGUUUAUAUUACACCUAAAAACAGAUUCUUUGUCAUAUGAAAUUUAUCAAUUCUGAUGCAAAAUAUGAUCAUGCAGUGCGAGCUUGGUGUGUUUAUUGUCGCGUACAUACAACAUACGCACUGCAUGCAGACGGUUUUACUUGUGUGGCCUGUUACGUGCGUGCAAUGUUUAAAAAAAAUAUAUGAAUUCAAAUUGCAUGGUUGAUGGCGUCAUUGUAAUUGGGCUGAAUGAUUGAUAUCAAACAGCCAAUCAAAUGACAAGGAUCUAUCUAGGUGUCAUAUAAAUUAUUAUAAGUUAAUGAAUACCAAUGAUAGCAGAAGAAUAUAGGUAAGAUUCGAGUAGAAACAUAUUCGUAGUUCAAAUUUCAUUGACAGAAAACCUGAAGGUAUGCGCCAAAGUGUUAAAGUUCAGUUGGAUCAUUCCUAUUCUUCCCAUCCUAUUUUUCUUUAGCCUUUAUUGCAAUAUAAUUUCUAUGCGAAUUGACAUUGCAGUGGGGUGGUAUCAUUAGUGUUGCUACAAAGUUGUGAGUUUUGUCAAAAUAAACAUGAAAUUAUUGUCUGUUCAGUUGAAGUCAAAUGAAGAAUUAAUAAAGAAUUUAAACUUUACAAAGAUAUAUGCACUCUUUAUGAAUCCAUGUAUGUAAAUAAAAAUUUGUAUUUGUAUAUUUAUGUAAAUAAAUAAAUUACAAUGGGAGAGAAAUGUUUUACUUUGUAGAUAAUAUAUAUCUUUCUACCAUUUAUUGCAAUUUGAUAUUCCAUAUGUCAUUGUAUUAUAUUAUCAUUGUUCCAAGGGAGCUUAUUUACUUGAUGUUUCCGUCCACAAAGAAGUACAUUACACGUCUAUGUACUGUAUUUAUAAUUGAUAGCAAAAUAUCUAUGAAAUGUCCACACAUUUCCAUUAAAAAAAAUAAUCAAUUGCCUUUUCUUUUGAAUUUGUUUGUGAAAUGAUGCUAUUGGUAAAUAAAAAUAUUCCUAUAACAAA